CCUUGCCAGGCUAUCCUGUAUCCCCUCAAUCCACCAUCUUACUUCCAACAUCCCCCCGCGGUGCAGCUCAAGAUAGAGCUCGACCAACUACGGUCGCACUCUUUCUAUCUUUGAUUUUGUCUUCUAAUUUCGAAAUUUCUGAAUCAUGUCGGGCCGCAAAUUGGGCGGCGGCCGUGUCCUAGGCAGCGGCAGGGGCCUUGCUCCCCCGACACCUCCGGUUACGAAUGCGCCUCGAGUAGCAAGUCCAUUAGCAGCGUCCGAAAGCAGCAUCUCGAUAGCUUCAUCGUCAAUAUCCCCGCCCGUUAGUGGUAUCUCACCAGAUCUCCCGGGCCAGGACAUCGGAAAUAGCAUCAGCGUUGGUGCUCAAGGGAAGGGCCCUGCUGAUGGCGCACUUGUCUGCCCAAUAUGCAACGAAGAGAUGUUGACCCUUCUCCAACUAAAUCGACAUAUCGACGACAACCACCAAGAAUUACCAGAAGAGGAGCAGGAUGAGGUCAAGACGUGGUUUGACAAGCAGGUUCUUAAGGCCAAACGAUUUCAGCCUCUGUCCCUCAUCAACCAAAAACUACGCGGUCUCGAUGUCUUUGAAUCAAACGAAUCGCUCCCUGUUGCCGCGCCAUCCAUUGCUGCUGGAAAGAACCCUCUCGAAGGCCCUAUUGACCCUGACGAACUAAUCACACGACAUCAUUGGCAACGGUCUACAAGCUACGAUCUUUGCACAGAUCCGACAUGCGGAAGAAGUCUGGGUCCUUUAAAUGGAAGCAUAAACUGCCGACAUUGUGGACGAUUAUUCUGUGAGGAACAUACCAUGUACCAAAUGAAAUUAAGUCGAAGCGCAAAACACGAACCGGUUCGAGGCUACUGGGCACGAGUAUGCGAGACAUGCUUUAAAUCAAGAGAAGGAUACAACGAUCACCAGGGUGUAUUGACGGACCACACUAACGCAUUCGUGGAAAUAAGAAGAAAAAAGGUCGAGCGCCAGAAUCUAGAAAUCUCGCGGCUCGAAAAAAGAUUAACAAAACUCACAAAGCUAUUAGCGAACCCUCCCGAAAAGCUUACACAAUCCAAUGGCUCCUUACUAGGCCCAGUCACAUCACUAGCAGGACAAAAGAACCCUCGGAAGCUCAUCGAGCAAUCUGUUGUUACUUGGGAAGAAGAUGCUACCGUCUCGAAAUGCCCCUUUUGCCAGCAGGAAUUUGGCUCUUGGACGUUUAGAAGGCACCAUUGCCGUAUAUGUGGCCGUGUGGUUUGUGGAGACCCGCAAACAGGAUGCUCUUCUGAAGUUGGUCUUAAUGUGUCGAGCGAAACUAAUGGAGCGAUAAGAGCGCCUCCGGGGACCGAAAAGCCCCUAUCAGUAGCCGGUGAUGGGCAAGUUGGGAUAGACAUUCGGAUGUGUCGUGAUUGCAAGCACACAAUUUUCUCUGCCCGGGACUUUACAGCUUCAUUACAGCACAAACCAGCCGAUCAACGAGCAUACGAAACCUUGAGGCAGUUCGAACGUGGAAUCCAGCAACUUCUACCAUCUUUUCAUCGAGCUUUGCUGAAUUUACAACCGGAGAAAAAGGAGAGCGGAGAAAUUGAUCUUAACAAGCCGCCUCCUACACAUGCACAAAUUCAAGAAGCCGCCAAAAUUCGCAAGCGCCUGGUUGAUAGCUUUGGAAAAUAUGGCACUGCUGCGAAGCGCCUGCGAGACCUUCCAACCGAGAGCGCAACACAACGGCGUCUUCAAAUGGCGAUAUAUACAUACGCUAGUGGCUUCCUUCACACAAAUAUGCUUCCUCUAAAGAGCCUCCCUCAGCUGCUCCGCUCACGCUCAUCUGCGUCAUCUUCUACAGCAGUCUCAACUUCACGACUUCUCGCUUCACAUCACCACUCCGGAUCGAGUUUACGACACUCAGAGCUAGCUGAGGAGACAUCGUCGCAAGCACCUAGUGAAGGAAGUACGGUUGUCAGUCAGCUCGAGGCGGAGGAAAAGGAGCUUCGCGAGCGACUCGUUGUCUUGGAAGAGCAGCGUUUCAUGGUUGAAGCUAUGGUCAAGACCGCCCAGGGUUCAAGACGGUUUGAGGAAGUCAGCGCACUGUCAAGAAACGUAGACGAGCUUGACGCUGAGAUCAGGGUCUUGAGGAACAAAGUUGGGGGUGUAGAGGAGAGAUGGGAAGGGGUAUAUCGCAACGGCGUCGCAUAAACAUGCCAUUAGAUUAUCGGAAACAUCGCCCUGGGUAUUUGAGCUGAACUGGACAAGUCAGCUGCUUGGUUGUAUAUAUCGCAUGGCAUUGCAUGGCGUUUGGAGUUUUGAAUUGGGCGACACAGGAGUGUUACCCAGAACGGCACAUAAAGUCUGCCCCAGUCUCUCAUCACAUAACUUAUAUUCACCAAAGUGAAAAGCACGCCCUUCAAUAAAUACUCUUCAU